GGGGGCGGCGGUCGGGGCGGCGGAACCGGUGGUGCCCCGAGUGGCCGGGAGUCCGCGGGGCCAUGCGGGGCGCAGCGAGGGCGGCGGGGGCCCGCGGGCCGCGGGGUCCGGCUCGGGGCGGCGUCCCCCGCACAAAGCCCGGGCCGGGCCGGGGCCCCACGGCGGCGGCGCCCCCGGCCCCUCCGGUCCGCCGGGGCCCGGGAAGGCCGCGCUCCGGGGCCGGCCCCGCCUCCCCGGGCCGGCGGCGAGCGGCGCCCCCGGGGCCUGAGGACGGAGCUCCGCCUGGCAGGGGCCCCGCCCCGCUCCGGCCACAGAGGCCCACGCCGGAGGCUGCAGGGACAGGAAAUGACCCCCGCGUCACGCCCCAGGGCGCCGUGACCUUUGCGGACACGGCCGUGACCUUCGGGGACGCGGCCGUGACCUUCGGGGACGCGGCCGUGACCUUCGGAGACGCGGCCGUGACCUUCGGAGACGCGGCCGUGACCUUCGGGGACGCGGCCGUGACCUUCGGGGACGCGGCCGUGACCUUCGGGGACUCGGCCGUGACCUUCAGGGACGCGGCCGUGACCUUCGGGGACGCGGCCGUGACCUUCGGGGACGUGGCCGUGGCGUUCUCCCGGGAGGAGUGGGCCCGGCUGAGCUGCGCCCAGAAGGCCCUGUACCGGGACGUGAUGCUGGAGAACUACCGGAACCUGGUGGCGCUGGGGCUCUGCCACUCCAAGCCCCACGUCAUCUCCUCCUUGGAGCGGAGGGAGGCGCCCGGCGUGGCCGAGGACAGGCUGGCAGGAGGCCUCUGCGCAGGCCAACAAUCGGUACAUGAGACCCAGGAAUUAUUGCCAAAGCAGGAUUUAUUUGCUGGUGUGGUAACAGACAGACCUAUACGCACUAAUCUGGAGUGUUCCACUUUCAGAGAAAAUUGGGAUUCUGAGGGUGUGUUUGAAAGGAAGCUGAUAGGCCAGGAGACACAAUUCAGGCAAGAGACAAUCACUAAUGGCAAAGCCCUCUCUAAAGAAAGAGAGCAUAUGUACAGCACAUCUGGAAGAUGGUUCCCUUUGGACGUUUCAGAGGAGCGAGCUCGUAAUCAUGAUUCCAUUAAGAAGAGUUUCCCCAAAAACACAGUGGUGAUGAAACAAGCAGGAAUCUACACGGGAAAAAAACUUUUCAAAUGUAAUGAAUGUGAGAAGACGUUCACCCAGAGCUCGUCUCUCACCGUUCAUCAGAGAAUUCACACCGGAGAGAAACCCUAUAAAUGUCACGAGUGUGGCAAGGCCUUCAGCGACGGCUCAUCCUUUGCCCGACACCAGAGAUGCCACACCGGCAAGAAGCCCUACGAAUGCAUCGACUGCGGGAAGGCCUUCAUACAGAACACAUCCCUCGUGCGUCACUGGAGGUACUAUCACACCGGGGAGAAGCCCUUCGCGUGCCUCAGCUGUGGGAAAGCCUUCAGUGACCACAUCGGACUUAAUCAGCACAGGAGGAUCCAUACUGGAGAGAAGCCCUACAAGUGCGACGUGUGUGCCAAAUCCUUCAGGUACGGCUCCUCCCUCACCGUCCACCAGAGGAUCCACACUGGAGAGAAACCGUACGAGUGCGACGUUUGCAGGAAAGCCUUCGGCCAUCACGCGUCCCUCACCCAGCACCAAAGAGUGCACUCUGGAGAGAAACCCUUCAAGUGCAAAGAGUGCGGGAAAGCUUUCAGGCAAAACAUACACCUCGCGAGCCACCUGAGAAUUCACACCGGAGAGAAGCCCUUUGAGUGCGGGGAGUGCGGCAAGUCCUUCAGCAUCAGUUCGCAGCUCGCCACCCACCAGAGGAUCCACACCGGAGAGAAGCCCUACGGCUGCAAGGUUUGCAGCAAGGCCUUCACCCAGAAGGCCCACCUCGCACAGCAUCAGAAAACUCACACGGGGGAGAAGCCGUACGAGUGUAAGGCAUGCGGGAAGGCCUUCAGCCAGACCACGCACCUCGCCCAGCACCAGAGAGUCCACACGGGAGAGAAGCCGUACAAGUGCGCCGAGUGCGGGAAGGCCUUCGGUGACAACUCGUCCUGCACUCAGCACCAGAGGCUGCACACCGGCCAGCGGCCCUAUGAAUGCGUGGAGUGCGGGAAGGCUUUCAAGACCAAGUCCUCCCUGAUCUGUCACCGCAGAAGCCACACCGGAGAGAAACCUUACGCGUGCCCUGCGUGCGGCAAGGCCUUCAGCCACCGGCAGUCCCUCAGCGUGCACCAGCGGAUCCAUUCUGGGAAGAAGCCGUACGAGUGCAAGGAGUGUCGGAAAGCCUUCAUCCAGAUCGGGCACCUCAAUCAGCACAAGCGAGUCCACACCGGAGAGAGGCCCUGCGACUGCAAGAGGAGCAGGAAGGCCUUCAGGCAGAGCGCUCACUGCGCUCACCAGCGAAUUCGUGCCGGGGAGCCGUCCGCGCGCCCCUCUUUGCCCUCCACGUCGAGUCCCGUGGAUCUGUUCCCCAGAUAUCUCUGGAACCCGUCCUGACUCCCUCCUCGGAGUCUCCGUAUCCCCGUUUCAGCUAGAUGACUACGGCAGUGUACAGGCUGGUCUCACUGCUCUUUUGUUUUUGUCCUCCACAAGCUUCCUUUUCCCUCGGCAGUCAGGUCGGUUUGGGUAUGAAUGUAAUUCACUCACUUCUGACACAAAAACUUGCCAUGAG